AACACGGAAAUGCAAAGUAGUAGACGUUUAUCCGACAACACGUUGAACAAAAACUAAACACUCUUAACAAUACUUCCGAGGCUGUACGUUUUUUAUUUAUUUGUUUGUUUAUAUUUUUGGGGGAAGGAGCAACCGCUAAGCGAAGCACUGUGCCUCAUGGAGCUCACGCCGAAGUAUGUCACUUUAGAAUCCGUGUAUAGUUCACCGGCGACUCAUUGUGGACCCAAUGAGACGCCUCACCAGAAAUUAAGCAACUCCCUCAAGGAGCGUCUAAAGCGAACACGGCGUUCCUUCACCUCGCCCUUCUCUGUGGCCAAGCGCCUUUGCGUGGACGAGGACGACGGCCAACCAGUUGCUUCACAAUCCCGUAUGACGAAUGAUGAUGGUAAUAAAAAUUCUCCACUUAUCAGCCAGUCCACUGACGCCGACGGUCGGGAAGCCAGACUUGGGAGUGAAAUUUUUUCCGGGAUGAAUCCUGGACCGGCACAUACUGACCCGAAAGACUUUGCACAGCGACAGGAGCGGCUCAGCCGGGAGGUUAAGGACAAGACUGAGACACUGCGUCGUCUGAGGAUGGUGAAGAUGUACAGGAGCAAGAACAACCUGGCGCAGCUACAAACCUUGAUCGACAAAUGGCGAAGAUGUGCUCAGAACGCAUUGUAUGAGCUUCAGUCAGCCAUUCCUGUGGAGGGACGCAAGGCCAGUCUGUCUGAACUCAUCGACUUAUUUGGUCUUGACGAGAACAUUCUACACUUUGACCGUGCAGAGGAUGAUUUUGCUUCCUGAAUGUGCUUUCAAACCUAUGCAGGAGCAUCUCAAUGAAUUAGAAUAAAGAGAAAAGUUCAUUCACUAGUUCAAGUUUAAAAGUGAAACUCAUGAAUGAAUAGUCUAUGGAAGCCUGAUAGUGGGCCAUAUUACAUAUAUGCCUUCUAAUAUGAUACAUAUUUAUUUCAAAAUGUUUUUAUUUAUUUAAUUAUGACUCUUUUGGGCUUCCAUAUUAGUAUAGAUUCACUACACACACCUUUUGAAGUUCAAAUAUGUAAAGUUCUUUAUUUGUUGCCAAGUUAAUAUAAGGCAAACGUUGAUUUAAGAUAAAUGUAAAUAAAACCUGUUUGCCUUCAUUUGUAUUUAAUCUGCGUCAGAGAAGGGACAUUUCUCAUCUUCAAACGUUGCAUCUCUGCAGUGAGGAACGCUAACUUCUCCAUCUGGUAUGUGGCGGUGUCCUUCAAACGCUGUACUAGCAGGAGCUCUUGGUAACGCUGCUCGGUGUUAACAGCCUCAUUUUCUUCCGUAGCUAGAAAAACACCAGCACGCGGUUGAGGAACCGUCUGAAAUAAACACAUGGGAUUGAUGCGGUUACCUGAGGCUUCGUAGAUGUGUCUCAUCUGCGACACCGUCACGUGCAUGUCCUGGACUUGCUUGUCCAAAGCGUCAUUCUUCUUUUCCCUAUAGGCCACUUGACCUUGGAUGUGUCGGAUUUUUUGCUUGCGAUAUUUUACGUCCUUUUGAUAAUUCUUUAAAAUUGAGAAGAAAGAAAAAAUACAAAGCACUUAAAGGGUUGAGUAUAAUCAAUCAUGUCAGGCAGAUGGCAACUAGAUUGGAUGUCUAUCAUGGUCAAUAGCAGCUAGUAAAUUUAAUAGACUAGUUGAUCGGUUGAAAAAUUUAACACAGUUUAAUUUCAUGCUGACAUACGGACUGUUAGUACUGUCUG